GUCGUACUUGGGCAUAAUGUGACAAACAAGUGCAGCUGAUAAUUGGGAUUUUUGGAAAAGUGUAAUCUUUAUCCAAACCCACAAAAAGGAAAGCGGAAGUAUUCAACUAUAUCUCACACUCCUACAGAUUAAUCGGUACGAGAUUCAAGGAUCGUCCCUGUUUGAUCCGAUUCGAUGGCGUCGAAGAAACCUAUUCAAUGUUUGGUGGGAGGAGCUCUGAGAAGGGCAACAAACAUGGCCACACUCGCACACACCACCGCCCCUUCACCUCACUCUUCUCAGCAUCUCAUCGACUUGGAAUACCAGCGCAGUGCCCACAAUUACCAUCCUGUUCCUGUUGUCUUCUCUCAAGCCAAAGGAUCAUCCAUAUGGGACCCGGAAGGCAAACGAUAUAUAGACUUCCUCUCAGCUUAUUCUGCAGUCAAUCAGGGACAUAGUCAUCCCAAGAUCAUGAAGGCAAUGGUGGAACAGGCCGAAAAGCUUACUCUAAGUUCCCGAGCCUUCUACAAUGACAGGUUUCCCGUAUUUGCUGAGCGUCUGACCAGUAUGUUCGGGUACGACAUGGUCCUGCCAAUGAAUACUGGUGCAGAAGGCGUAGAAACAGCUCUGAAGUUAACAAGGAAGUGGGGCUAUCUCAAGAAAGGAAUUCCAAGAGACGAGGCCAUUAUCGUUUCUUGUUGUGGCUGCUUCCACGGUCGUACAUUAGCUGUUAUUUCUAUGAGCUGCGAUAAUGAGGCAACCCGUGGCUUUGGGCCCUUGCUACCAGGCCACCUCAAAGUUGAUUUUGGUGAUUCUGCAGCACUUGAGAAGCUAUUCAAAGAGAAAGGAGAUCGAAUUGCCGGUUUUCUGUUUGAGCCUAUUCAGGGAGAGGCAGGGGUCGUCAUUCCUCCUGAUGGUUAUCUGAAAUCUGUUAGAGACCUUUGCUCAAAAUACAAUAUUCUGAUGAUUGCUGAUGAAAUACAAAGUGGCUUAGCACGUUCCGGGAGAGUUCUAGCUUGUGACUGGGAAAAUGUUCGCCCUGAUGUCGUAAUACUAGGAAAGGCAUUAGGUGGUGGAAUGCUGCCAGUUAGUGCAGUUCUCGCAGAUAAAGAUGUUAUGCUCUGCAUACAGCCCGGGGAGCACGGAAGCACCUUUGGGGGGAAUCCUUUGGCGAGUGCAGUUGCUAUUGCAUCGCUGGAUGUGAUAAGAGACGAGAAACUGGCCGAGAGGUCUGCAAAAUUGGGAGAGGAGCUCAGAGAACAACUUUUGAAAAUUCAGAAGCAAUUCCCCGACCUUAUAAAAGAAGUGCGCGGGAGAGGCUUGUUCAACGCUGUCGAGCUCAAUAGCAAAGCCUUAUUCCCCGCAACUGCCUAUGAUGUGUGUCUGAAGCUAAAAGAGAGAGGAAUUCUCGCUAAACCUACUCACGAAUCCAUUAUCCGACUAACCCCUCCACUGUCGAUAAGUUCGGAUGAGCUCAAAGAGGGCUCGAAAGCCUUGCAGGACGUGUUGGAACUCGAUCUGCCAAAGAUCAAGAAAGAGAAGAAGCCAGCUACCGCUUCUUCUCAUACAGCUUCCAACGUGUGUGACCGAUGUGGACGCAACCCGUGUGAUUCUUUUUGAACACCAACUGUCCAAGAUAAAUAAAGAGAGGAGGCCCCGGGCGCAGCAAUCACCCUCUCGUGGAUGCUACAUGUAUGGGCCUUCAAAACACUCUUCAAUUAUACGACUGCUAUUACCCGUUCCAACUCCUCCUCGCGGCCCAACCCUCAUCUACUAUCGACAGCCUUGAGUCAUCUAGGUUGCUUAACUAGAUAAUGCAUAUGUGGACACCUAACCAGGCACACAUUCUUCACCAAUGCUAGAUAGGAUCAGGUAGCUCGGUCGAGUGUGGGCCCGUUCUCGUUGGAGCUCUCGUCCUUUUAGUUACGAAUAAUGUAUUGCGUAACGAUUCUCUUCUUCCGAUUGGCAUUGAAGAAGGUUUGGUUUGGUUUGAUGGGGUUGGGUUCAUCUUUAUGUUAUAAAUUCCAGAAGUCAUUUUCAAGGGAAUCAUUUUACAAUUUAUAGGCAGACCAAAAAAUUAGAUGA